AUGCGGACGAUAUCAGCACACGUACUCUCGGCGGUGGUGCUCGUGCUCUCGGGCGCCGGCGCUGGCGCGAGGGCGCUCGACAUCCACGAGGAACUGCAGAUGGGCUGGAAGAUGGGUUUGUUGCCGAGGCAGGCAACGCAGAACUUGCAGACGUUCACAGGGAACCUUGGCGGUGUCGCGGCUUCAGCAGUACGUCUUUUCUUCUUUUCCCCGCGGUUUCUGGUCAAGGAGGCUCGAGGAUCAGGAUCAGUCUUGGGAAGAAUGAUGGAAGGAUUCUUGACUGACGGGGUGCUGUUACAGAUUACCAAGUCCAAUGACCCAGGCCGACCAUUUGAGGUCGACGGCGACACUUUUCCGGACUUUGCAACCGCGGCUGGCAGGUCUUGCGACAAUCAAAAGAACAAAUGCUCUCAAGCGGCCAACAACGCGGCGACAAAAUUUGACGUUUCCAAGUGCGAUGAGCAAGCUAACGACUCAAUCGUCUGCGCUGAUCUCACCGUGAGUCCCACGAAAACGUCUCCUCACCAGGAACCGACCAUCCCUCCUCCUGCUGCUUCUGCACAGGACGGCUUUGGACCUCGUCGGCCAUCACCUCCGACGUCUCCCGCUCUUUCGUCCACAUCUACUGCCGCCGACGGCGAGGACCUCGGGUCCUCCCCCGUUCUGCCUCCGCUUCCUGCCCCUAGGCUUCCCGACCGGGCCAGGGAUAUUUUGAGGAACAACCAACCAGAAGAAGAGUACGUGACUGCAAGUUGGGGCUCGCCUUAUUCCACCGAAGAAACGAGGAAUCUUCGAGACCAGAGCUUCGACAGCGACGAGGACGAAUCCGACGGCUCGCCAAUACUCCACCAUCUUGCGAUUGAUACCCCUUUUCUUCGUCCGCCUCCGAAUUUGACUCUUGGAGAGAACUCCGACGACGACGCGGCAGACCUAGACGGCAACGACGCCGAACCGUAUCUUAGCGCAGCCCAAGUUCUUGCGAAUCGCGCCCGACGGCAACCGCGACGACUGACGGAGGAUUGGAUUCGCCAGCACACCGCCGGCGAGAAUUCAGAAAGCCGCCACUGGUUUAGCGACGGUAGUGAGCACUCUUCAUUGAGCGGCUCAGGAUCCGCAGACGAAGCUGCGUGGCGAGACAAGGAGUCUUUGCGAACACCGAAAGCCAAUACACGUCGCGCCGCCCGCGACCCGCAUUUGGCACCCCGACACCCCCGUACCCGGUCCAGCGCCGAGACCCUCAAGCCGGGUGACGUGACGCCACAAGCAAAAUCACCAAACGCAAAUAUGGAGAGCCCCGAACUCUCCAAGGCCGACAUGGCCGCCGAACAUCCAGAUCUGCAUGUUCCCUCGACCCCCCGGAGGGCCGCCAGUGCCGCCACCGGCGAGUCAACGAGGACGCCUAUCACACCAAAGAGGAGCGCAUCUGCGAGGGUAAAUUUCAAAGAGCCGACCAUGACCCCCCGAGUGAAGAAGAAGGUUCCGUGGAAGGGCAAGAAUAUUAUGGUUCUUCUUCCCAGAGACGACGAACGUGGACGUCCUGGCCAAGCGCCUCGGCCUCUCAACCAGACUGAAGUCGAAGGAAUGUUCAGAGAAUGGCAAGAGCUUGGAUACGACAUCAGCGGCUUUGACUUGGACGCAGCGGCGGGCACAUACCAAGAACCGACCGGAUAUUCUCAAAGUCGAGACGGAUGGCCCUCCUUCGAAGACAUGGCACGCGAGCGUGCGGAGCGUGUGUAUAAGGUCACAUUGCCUGAUUUGAACGCUUGGAAAAACUAUGUCAAUGAGCUCAACGAAGCCAAAUUGCGAGCUCUCGGAGUGUCCUUUGGAGACGACGAGCCACCGGCACCCUCGAUUUCGCCGGCCGCAUCGCAGCCCAGCCGACAGGCUUCUGCGCAAUACCCACCUUUGCCAUUCUCUCCGCCGCUUCCGACGUCGUCGGCAUCAAGCAACCAUGCGGGCUUCCCGUUCCCGUCGCAGUUCAUGCCCGGACGCGCGUCGCACACUCAUAGCCCCAGCAUUGCUUCACCUGUCGGAUUUGGCAGUCAUCCGGCCAAGUACAACGCCCGACAGUCCAUCUCGGUUCCCAUGGGACAUUCGCCUUUCCAGCUUGGCAACCAGCCGUCACCCCUCGGUUGGGGCCAGCACAGAACCGACUCGCCGUCAUUGCUCAAUGGAAUUUCUCCUGUUUCUCCCUUUACUCCGGAGGGCUUUGCGCCAACAGGUAGCCCUGCGUUCAAUGCGCACCAGAGACACCAGUCUUUGCAAUACCCGAUGUUGCCUCAUCAAUUCAUGCAGCAGCAACAACAGCCUGCUAGAGCGUCGCCUCGUCUGCAGGAAGUGCGAGAAGAUGAAGAAGAAGAGGAGGCCGUCGAGGAGCCCCCGAAGCCGUCUGAGGCAGCGCAGAGGAACAGCGAUGAUCUCCAGGCCGAGAUCGACGAGGCUGAGUACCAUCUCGAGGAACAGAUGCGGAACGAACUGGAGCACGUUGACUACAGUCCCCACAACGCGGAGUCUGCAGCUGAGCAAUUCGCGCAUAUCCCAGACGAGCAACCCCCUAUGUCUCACGCAAGAGAGCCAUCUGUUCACUUCAAGGAAUUCGUUCCCCAGGCUUUCCAGCCUCAACAGUUUCAGCCUCAGGAGUUCGUUCCCCAAGAAUUCCAACCUCAAGACUUCCAGCCUCAGCAAUUUGCCAAGCAGGAUGGCAACGGUCCAGUCCUACACCACCCGCGCCCUCACAGCCGUGGCCACUCAUUGUCACAAAACUUCUUUGCUCAUCACGAUGAGAACCGGCCGAGAACUGACAGCUUCUCUGGCUGGCACGAUGUUGACUCGCAGAGGAUCGACGAGGCCGCUGAAAUCGAGACAAACCCCAGCAACCUUGGUACGCCUGUGCAAGACUUCAACCUCACGACGCUUCUGCAACAGCACCAGCGAUCGUUCUCCACGCAGAGCAACCCGUGGAAUGAUGUGGCAUCGAACAAUAGCAGCUCUGGCCAGCAGAGAAGAGGCAGCCAUGCUAGCAAGCCAUCGUUCUCUAAGCUCAAUGUCAAGGCUCCUGAGUUCAAGUUUAAUCCCGGCCACGAGUCCAAGACCAGCUUUAGCUUUGGCGGUGGUAACACCAACGCCUUCCAGCCUUUCCAGCCCACGGUAUUCCAAGCAGGCAAUUUUGCGCCGUCCAUCACUUCGCCCUCGGCGAACUCGUUUGGUGCAGGAUCCACUUCAUCCAAGAUUAAUGCUGCUGCCCCUGUCUUCUCACCUGGUCAGAGCGACUUUAGCUUUUCUGGCCCCAAGUUCAGACCAGACGCGCCCGCCUUCACACCAUUCGGAAAUGUUUCGGAUUCUCUUGCCAGCCCUACAUCGGGUAGCGAGAGCCACGCGACUCAUGGCUCGAUCUUUGGCAACAUUGAUCUGAACCUUUCUGACACUGGAAAGACCGCGAAGAAGUCCAAGGCUAUUCCUAUUAUUCGUCCCAGCAGCAGCGACAAUAAGACAUCGAAUGAGGAUGGACUGACGGAAGACGCUGACGGUCGUCCGGUCAAUGAUAUCCGCGCCAAGAGAGCGAAGGCUUCCCGUGGAGACGGAGACGAUGUGCCUCAAUUCGCAGAGCCUUCGCCUGAGCCCACCUCGUACCAGUCUUUGCAGCCAGUCUCCCAGAAGGACGAACUGGAGGCUUCUGAACGUGACGAGCAGGCUCCUACGCCAGCUGACACGACCAUGUCUUCUACUGGAGCCUCCGAGCAGCCCACGGAUUCCAAGGCUGUCACUGCUACCAGCCCCUCAGACACUUCGCCUGACCAGCAGCAAUCAAACUGGGCCCCCUUCGAGUUUGACUCCAAGGACGAGCUGCAGAACUUUGACGAAGCCAGACCUUUUGGUAUCGACACUUACAAGAAGGGCCACAACAAGUCGCUUUCUGCCACUGCUAGGGCAUUUAUUCCCGGUGGCGGUUGGGGUGUUCCUGCACAGGAGACCGAGACUGAAGAGGAGGAUGAGGAUGAACGUGAUAGAGAAGACACCAUCGAGCCGUUCGUCCCCAGUACUGAGGCCGUUGCUCCCUCGCCUCACCGCGAGCCCUCCCCGCGUGCACCGACGCCGCCGCCGAAGAAGGCCAAGGGAUUGGGUGCUUCCCGUUUCGCCAGCCCGCCUAAGCCUAAGGGUCUUGCGGCUUCUCGAUUCGCCGCAUCCCCCUCGCCAGCUCCUGAGCCUGAGCAAGACGAGUCUGAGGUGCCUGAAGACUAUGUCGUGUCCGACGCUGAGUACCUCGACGAGUCGCAGGCUGCUGCUGCUUUGACUUUCAACGAAAAGGAGGAAACCGAGUCCCUUGAGGACGGAGAGAUCCGUGAACCCACCUUUGAGGAAAUCGAUGCCAUCAUGGAUCACCUCAACCAGAACGACCCUACCUUGGGCGUGAACAGGUCAAACAUCGAUCUCAGGUAUCAACCUGCGAGCCCGCACCGAAACAUCCAGGUCACCCACACUUCGCCCUACCGUCUGCAACCCGCCGCCACCGGACAAUACCGCAGCGGUACCUCGAGCCCUACCCGCUCUUACCAAGGGCUCCCUGGCGAGUCUGCUUUGCCCUCUACAGAGCUUGAAGAUCCUUUCAUCGAUCCUCCUCUGAGCGCUCAGUCCUUCGAUGCUCCCAUUACCAACCUCAACAUCGGAAGUGCAGAGCAGAGCGACUGGGAAGGAGCUUUCAGCGAUGAGGAGCAGGCCAAGCUCGAGCAGCGUGUGCAGUUCUUCGAUGGCCGCGUCAAUGACCGUGUCAACGACCUUCUUGCUACCCGCCUCGCUCCCAUGGAGAAGGUUCUGCUCUCUAUUCAGCAGUCGCUCCGUGGCGGUUCGCGCAGGGCGUCUUCCUCUGUUCGUCGCAGUGUCUCGGCAGAGAUUCAGCACAGUGAUGCUGACGACGAGGAUGAGGAGCCUGUGCCUCGUCGCUCUAUGAGCCCGCGCCGCGACAGACGUAUGGAGCACAUUCGUGCCGCCGUACUGGAUGCUUUCGCAGUCCAGCAGCGCAACAUUCCUACUCCUGCAGCUCCUGUGGCAGCCUCUAGUCCUCCAUCUGACGAGACCAGUGUCGCCGUCCUCCGUGCUUUGGAAGAAAUGAGAGAGCAGUUUGGCGCUUCGAUGCGUCUGGACUUCCGUGGCGAGGACCUCCGCAACAUUGUCGAAGAAGCCGUCGAGAAGCGCAUGCCAACCCCAUCUCAGCUGCCUGCGGCUGACCGCGAAUCCGAUGAGGCUGUCAACAACAAGCUCAGCGAGCUUCAGGCUAAGGUUAUCGACCUCGAGGAGCGUCUUUACGCCGAGCAGACCAGAGUUGAGAAGGAGGUCGCCGACCGUCGUGACGCUCAAGAUCUCGCAUCCGAGCUUGAACGCAAGCUGCAAGCAGCAGAGUCUCGUGUUGAGAUUGAAAUCAUGAAUCGCAGCAUUUUCGACAACCGCAUCAACGACUUGGAGGAGAAGCUCAAGCAUCAGGAGGAGAGAGCCCAGCAAGAACUUGAGGGCCGCCGUACCGCCGAAGAUAGACUUUCCGAGGUCCAGCGCUUGCUUCGCAUCGCCUCCGAGGAGGAAGUCCGCCUCCGUGAGGAUGUUGAAGAGCGCGAACACAAGAUCAAGGCGUUCGAGCAGAGCACAUCCAACCAGACAAUGCGCAUGGCGCUUAUGGAGGCCGCGCAGACGAGUGCCACCCAGUCGCAGACUGAGCUUACGAACAAGAUCAACCAGAUGGAAGAUGAGCUUCGGGCUUCUACUCACGAAGCCAACCGCUGGAGAUCCGAGGCUGAGCGCGUCGUUGAAACCGCCCGCCGCCAGCAGAUCGACCUCAACGAGACCGUCAACGAGAACAAGCAGUUGCAGAAGUUCCUUGACACCCUCGGCACUCAAUUGCAGGAGAACGAGCGCGUCAGAGAAAGCUGGCGUGCCAGGUUUGUUGCCCUCCAAGACGACAUGGCGCAUGCUGCUCGUGAGGUCACUGAGGAGAAUGCUCGUCGCACUAAGCGCGAGCAAGCCCUCGUUGCCAGACAAGAGGUUCUUGAUGCCAAGCUCCAAGCCGAGGCACGCACUCGCGAGCGCAUUGAGACCGAGCUUGAGCGUCUGGAGAGUGGCGAACGCCAAGGCAUGCGUGCUGUCAAUGAGUGCAAGCGUCUCGAGGGUAUUCUUGGUGAGAUGAAGACCGAGAACCACAAGCUGCACCAGUCCGCUCUGAGGUACCAACGCGAGUUUGAGGAGGCCAGAGAGUCCGGCGCAAGCGAGGUCCAGCGCACUCGCGUCGCCAUGCAGCACGAGAUUGACCAGGCCAACCACCAUGUCAAUGUCGUUCGUGAGGAGCUUGAGGAGCAGAUCGCUAAGCUCCGCGCAGACAAUGACCAGCUUACCAUGGAUAUGGAGACUUCCAAGGCUCAAUCCGAGAUGAUGGCCGAGGCUGCUCAGGCCAGCGAGAAUCAAAUCAUCGAGGAUCUCAAGCGCAAGCACCAGAACGAAGUGGAGGAUAUCCAGGAUCGCUGGGAACGACAACUUAACAAUGCCGUCGAAGACGCCCAGAAGACGGAGCAGAACCUGCUUGAGCGUCUCAGCCUUUCUACUUCCAAGACCGAGCAUCUGCAAGACCGCAUUGCUCAUCUCGAGGAGAAGGUCGAGAUUGCCAGGGAGGCGGCCCGUGCUGCUGUUCAGGCGGCCAAGUCAGCCGGCGUCGAGCCAACUCAGACUUUGGCUGCCCUUCAGCCCAAGGCUGCUACGCCUGUUGCCGCGCCCGCUGCUGUGUCCAAGGGCAUGGAGCUGCCGGAGAAGAUCUCGCCGCAAGCCCUUCGCGAAUCUAUCAUGGUCCUGCAGGAGCAGCUUCAGGCUCGCGAGCAGCGCAUCGAGGAACUCGAGUCCACAGUCGACAAGCUUGAUCCCGAGGCCCCCGCCAAGAUCACCAAGCGUGAUGAUGAGAUCACCUGGCUGCGCGAGCUUCUUGCUGUCAGACAUGGCGACCUGCAAGACAUCAUCCUGUCGCUCUCCGCCCAAGACUUCGAUAGAGAGGCAGUUAAGGAUGCCGCCAUCCGUCUCAAGGCGAACCUCCAGAUGGAGGAACAAGAGCGUGAGCGUGCCAUGAACGGCGGAUCUGCCAUCAACCUGCCCAACAUUGCGCAAUCUCUGAGGGAAGCUGCGACGCCGCGUGUCGCUCAGGCUGUCGGCCCCUUGGCUGCCGCCUGGGGCAACUGGCGCAAGUCCCAGGCGCCCGCUUUCAGAUCUGCUGGCGCACCCGCUCGCCCUUCAUCUUCUCGCUCUGCCUUCAGCAGCAAUCACACGCCAUCCAGAUCUACCUCCUCGACAUCAGCCAACAACGGCCUCCUCGGUGGACUGCUCACACCCCCAGCAUCUGGCCUUCGCCAGACCCCUCCUACGCACACGGAGGAGCCUCAACCUACGGCGUUUCAGACCACUGGCCGCCGAUACACUCCGCAACAACUGCAAGCGCGCGCCCGGGGACCUUCCGUCACCAACGGACCGUCCGUGUCGAUGAAGAGCCCGCCUGCGCAUCGUCCAUCAAGCCAACACCAACCCAUGACGCCUCCGCCGCCAAUGCUGCGAUCCAGCGGCUACGACUCGGAUGCUCAUCCGGGCGACUUUGACGACCACGACUUCUUUGAGGAUUAA